UCAGCCAUAUCAAGCCAGUUGCGAAUCAAAACUUACUAUACGAAUUUGUUUAAAAGUCUUUCAAACUACGACACACUUGUGUACUGUCGAGAGAUGGUCAAUGGUGUACCCACAAAGACCGGCACACGUGGAUCAGGAGUGGCCGAUACCGAUUUUCUGGUUGUGGUGGACGCAGUUCAAGUAUCCGCAUGCGGCACGGGUCUGCUGGCAUUUGCUACGACAUGUCAGAUUGAUAAUCAGUUGAAUCGGUACGACGACCACCCACCCGGUCAAUUGUACCCGAUUGGUUCUUCAUCGUAUUUGUUUUAA